AUGGCGAUUCGGGGAUGCGCGUUGCUGGCUGAUGAUUCGCUGCGGUGGCCGCGUCGAUUGCCGACCGAAGAAGACAACAAAAACACUUGGGAUCGGCGGAAUACGAUACCGGGAGCCGAAGGUGGCGAUGUGCGCCUUCGGGACGAGGCAGCGGCGUGCGGGCGAAACAAGGGAGUCGCCGAGAAGCGGGCGCAGAAUAAGAACCAAAGGACGGAGGGAAGGAUCCAGGAAAUUACGGGGAGUGAUUCAAGGCAGCGAGUGCCAGUUGUUGAUGUUGUUGUUGUUGGUCAACGAGACGAGGGCGACUCGUUCGUUGGGCGGGGGAAAGAGAGGGAGGGAGGGAGAGGGAAGAGAGGGACGGAUGGACAAGAGGGAGCCACCAGAAAGGAACUCACUAAAGAAAAGGAGCCCACCACCCCGGCAGGGGAAUUAAAUUAUUCGGGGCACCGUUCGCCUCAGGUUCCCCUCCGAUUUCCCCCCCCUCUAGUUAUGCCUGGCUCUGGCUCUGUCUCUCUUCCUCUUGUCUCUGCUAAGUCUACUCAGGAGCCAAAACAAAUGGUGCCUGAAGCAUUAAUUGAUCGGAUACGUAAUGGCAAUGCUGGCCGAUUGGGAGGGGGGAGCCGAUCUUGGGAUCUGGCGUUUAUUGAUUGUUUGCUUGACACCACACUCUCCAUCCAUACAUAUCCUCCAGAGAGGACGCCAUAUCGGAAGAGGGACAUGGGACAAGUCACGAUCUACCGGACUAGGGGUCUGUCAUCAGCUAGCUUCCCUUGGAACCAGACAAGCACAUUGAAGGGUGUGACCUGCCCGAUGAUCACCACCACCACCAUCACAUUCCCGCUCACUGCUAAACCAGUCGGGCGGUGCCCCAAACCAUCCCACCCACGGUACCCGACAUUCAACAAGGAGAGGUACCCGUACCACACUUUUGCCGAUUCGGUUUGCAUGGAUGCCUCUUCUUCUUCUUCCAGUCACCUGAUGCCGAUCGGGAAAUACUUAUGGUCAUGUGAUUGGGACCCUACACAGAAUACUCACUGGUAA